UUGGAUCAGUCUCUCGCGGACUUUCGACAGUGAACAUUCUAUAUAUUUUGCGGAAGCUCCAAAAUCGAUCACUAUAAUACAUCGAUGAAAUAAUAAAUCGAUCAUUGUUUUAUUAAUUCUUUCUCCAAAUCAAAGUUUGUGUACUUAAGAAAAAUUUAUAAAAUUAUAUUAACAAUUUUUUUUUAUUUUUCAUUCAUGUGAAUUAAAAACAUCGAAAAGUGUCAACGAAAAGUUGCGAUAAAUAAUGUGGACCAUUUUUCAUGUGCUUUUAAUAAUUCCAUUUCGAACAUUAUCGUCAGUGUGAUUUAAAGUUUUAAAAGUUCAUCAACGAAAAAAACCAAAAAAAAGAAGGAAAAUGAAAAUUUUGAUCAUUCUCAUGUGCCUAACAGGCAUUACAUUGUCACUGCAAGAGCCAUCAGAAACAAUCAACAAUGCAAUACCUGGUGAAAAAAAUUUGGAAGAAUAUGACAAGGAAAAUGAAGAAGGAAUUCGAAGAUUCGCCUGUCCUGUUGGAUUUUUUCGAAUGAAACGUUUCUGUUAUUAUUUAAGUGCAGGCAGAUCUCCUUGGUAUGAGGCUCAUUAUCAUUGUAAAGAUAGAAAUGCCACUCUCUCAAUUCUCGAUAGAUAUGGAAAGGAUAAAAUGUUGCGAAAGCACCUAAUGGGUGACCAAUAUAUGAAACUGGAGAGAUGGAUAGGUGGAAUUUACAAUUACAAAUUGAAAAUUUGGACCUGGGGAACGUCGGGGAAGCAAAUUGAUUUUCAAAGUUUUGAGAGGCAACCCCAAAACCCACUGCCAUACAGUUGUAUUGUAAUGGACCCGUCAGCAAAGUACAAGUGGAAAGCAAAGAGUUGUUUCGAAAGCAAAUAUUUUGUUUGCGAAGUACCUGCAGGUGGAAUAGGCAGGCGUCGAAAGAAGACAGUCGAUCCGUUUGCCCCCGAAAAUCAACGUCUAAGGAUUAGAAAGAAGGGAAAGAAGAACAUCUUGAAGGAAAAUAAACGCAAGAAACAUCGGCAAAAUAAAGGUAGAAUAGCUCUUGAGAAGAAAGAGUGGGCACAACAAAACUCAAACCAAGAAUGGAAUCACGGAGUUAAACUUGGAUCAAGGCCACCGUCGAGAAUAAGAAUGGCACCAGGAGCAAGGCCAAGUGACAGAAUGCGUCAUCAUCCAAUCGACAGGACCUAUCAAGGAUCAAUGAUACCCCGAGUUUCGCAAAUUUCAUCCCAGGGCAAAGAAUACGGAGCGUUUCUAGGCGACAGUCCAGCCAAUAUUCAACGUCAACAAAGCCUAUCAUCAAAUAUAAACAAUGCUCUCACCGAAUUUCACGAGCAAGUUCUCCUGAAAACUUGAAGAAUUUACACUUAAUUUGUUCCUUUCUAUUUAUUUUACCAUCCAGCCAGUAAGAUUCAAAAAGAAAAAAAAAAUAAUAAUAAACUACAGCGAGGAAAGUACCAAAACUGUAGUUUAAAAAACUGGUACGUUCAAAAAAAUGCAUUUUAUCGAAAACGAAAAUUUAGUUACCGUUACGAUAACUAAUGAAGGCUAUUAGAUAGAUUUAAGACAAUUACUGUUACUAUUUAUUGAUGUGUUCAACUGAAAAAAAUUCACGUUAAUAUUCCUCUUUCCUGGCGCACCAUCACGAAUUUUAAACAUUAUAAAAAUCUAAAUAAAUCUUGCCCUGAAGAGUGACUACUAGUCGAUGGAACCAAGUAUUGAUUAAAUCGUACUUGAAAAUUAAAACUAGAAAACAAUGAAAUAAUAUUAAAAAAAUAGUGUUCAAUCAAAUAUCUCUUCAUCUAUAAAAAAAAUUUGUUUUAGCGAAUUUUUAAAACAAAAACUUUUGAAUUUAUAAUUUCUCCACUUACUGUCAUUAAGUCACACUAAGUUUUCUUUAAUUUUAGUCUAAAUAAUAUCGAAUAGAAUCUAAGAAUUUUUCUUUCCUCUUUUUUGAUACUUGAUUCGAAUGUAAAUAUGUUCAACAAACACGUCAAAUUUUUAAGUAAAAUAGACAUUGUGUUAGAAAAUAAUAAAUCAUCCUAUGUGUACCUUUGUAAAUAUCAUUGAUUUCUUUU